AUGUCAGCCCCAGGCACAGGCACGUGCGCACACCUGCUCCGAGUGCCUUUGGACGCAGAGUGUGGUGUGACCCAGUGCGUCCUGGGUCACUCAACAGGCACAGAGCUGCCAGACAUUGAGGUUCCCCAUCCACCCUACCUGGUCCCCCUGCGGCUGCCCCCACAAGGCUCCUCGAGUCCCGGCGCCCAAGGGCGAGUGAAGCUCCGGCAGAGGCCCUGCCCCCACUCCCCCACCUCACAGCUCUACUCUGGCACCUAUUGCGACUGCAGCCUCGGCCUCAGCCGAGAGGCCUUCAUUGCCCUGUUCGUGGUGCUGGUGGGCAUCAGUGCCAGCUGCUUCUUUGCACUCAUCAUCGUCGUCGUUGGUGUCCUUCGGAGCCAGGGUGAAACGUGCCCCGAAACCAUGGACAGCAGUACGGUGGAGCACUUCAGGGUCCAGGAAGACCACAUGGACCUGCAAACGGUGCACCUGGAGUCCUGCCCCAUGGAGCCCCUGCACACAGAGCAGGGGGAAUCCCACCUCAUGGAGCCCGAGCUGGAGGUCACCCUGAUGCCGCCCCUUGAGGGUCACAGCCUCAUGACCAUCCCCAUGGACCCCUCCCUGACUCUGGAGGAGCCCCCCCAACCUGAGUGGGGCCGUGGGCAGCUGGUGGAAGGGGAUUAA